CUGCUGACAGCGAGCACUGUCGUCACGACUGACGGCGGACGACCGCUCAAACUGGACCGACGACUGAUGACAAGCCUCACUCGAAAACAACUUGCCCAACAUGGCACAAGUGGGCAGGCGCACAGACAACCGAGGGAAGUGCUACGAGACAUGGGACAAGGACUGAAAAACGUGGGCGGCAACAUUAGAGACGGCAUCACGGGCCUCGGAGGCAGCGUAAUGGCGGCGCCGCGGGAAUUCGCGCAUCUCUUCUCGCGCUCCAACCGCUUCGGAUCGGCCGAUAACAUCGCGCAGCUGGCCGGUGGGUGACUUUCAGUUUGUUAAUAAUCGUUCAUCUUAACAGCUUAAGGCCCCUUGUACACGCUA